AUGACUUUCUACGAUGACAUUUACCCAUUCUACACUCUACAAAGGACUCCGUUUAUCUUCAGCAGCCGCUUGCUCACCAUUAUUCUGGUCUUCCUUGUGUUAGCGGUCAGUCUUCUUCUCAUUCUGCCCGGGAUACGAGGGAAGUCGCGGCUCUUCUGGACAUUUAGAAUAGUUACCAGCUUGUUCAUUGGUGCCGUGAUAGUGGCACUCAACUUCACUAACGACUGGGCCGAGGCCAGAAUGACCACGAAAGCCACCUAUAAGUCUUUCAGCAACGCGGUGGUUAACGCCGAGAUCGGCUUGCAUGUCGGACUGUACGGCAUUAACGUUACGCUGAAAGGGAAUCCUGUCGUACAGUUUAAUGAGACCAUUGACUACAAUGAGAUGUUCACCUGGCAUGACACUAUCGAAGAAUAUGAGGAAGCUCUGGAGAAAGGUUUACCCAACCCCAUUCUGUAUAUUGCUGAAAAAUUCACCCCGAGCAGCCCGUGUGGUCUCAUCUUUCAGUACAGACACUCUGGACGAUACGCUUCUGCAACGCUCUGGACAGCAUUUUGCUGCUGGAUGCUCGCCAACAUCCUUUUCUCCAUGCCAGUAAUCCGGUACGCCGGGUACAUGGUGGUUGCCACUGCUGCAUUCAUCUUCUUCUCCAUGAUCUCCUUCACCACCAUCAUGAAUGUGCCUCAGUGUGUUUUCUACAUAGGAACUGACUCCUUUGAAACAGAAUACAGCCAUUCGUUUUGGCUGGCCCUGGCUACAGGCAUCCUGUGCACCCUCAUUGGGCUUCUUGUGGUGAUGUUUGACUUUUUGGUCCCUGAGAAGAUGAAAGAGGCUUUCAGUGUCGGUGUCGACGGCUGUGAAGACGAGGAUGAUUCAUACAGUGAGGGCUACCUGAAUUCCUUUUUCCUCGAUGGAGUGACAAUUUCACCAGUGAAUUUAAAAGUUACAGAGGAACAUUUAUGAAGCUGUGCAGAUUCCCUCUCAGGGAGAUUUCAUUGUUCAUACUUGAAAAUAUUUUUUGUUGAAUGUGUUACAG